AAGUUCAAUUUUUUAUAACAAGUGUGAAUUAGAGGCAGCAGCUAGCAGCAAAUGGCUUCAUCAAAUGCGAAAACAUUUAGGUUUGAUGAGAUCGCAAAACACAACAACAAAACUGAUUGCUGGAUUAUUAUCAAUGGAAAGGUGUAUGACGUGACCCCAUUUUUGGAUGAUCAUCCAGGAGGUGAAGAAUCUUUAAUUUCAUCAACCGGGAAGGAUGCUACUGUUGAUUUUGAAGACGUGGGUCACAGUGACUCUGCAAUAGAAAUGAUGCAUGAGUACUUUGUUGGCCAUGUCGACACGUCCACCGUUCCAACAAAAGUUGAGCACAAUUCACCACCAUCUACACAGGCACAAAGUGUUAGGGAUCAAUCAUCAGGAUUUGUUACAAAGACAUUGCAAUUCCUGUUGCCUCUACUCAUAUUGGCCUUUGCGUAUGCUAUGCAGCACUACGGAAAAAAGAAACAAGUCAGCGACUCAUAAAACCUGAACUUGAAGCAACAAUUAUUUUGUGCAUGAAUCAAAUUCAUUACUCUGCCCAAUACAAUGCAGGGCUCUUGAUGUACUAUGAUGUCUUGCUAAACAACCAUACUAGCUGUUCAUUUAGACUCAAUUGAUUUAACAUCUCAUAUUUUGAAAUGAAUGUUAUAAAGAUUAUUCAUUAUCUUACACAUCGUGCUAAACAGAA